AUGCAAGAGGCAGGGGUUGAGUACUUUCGUACUCUCUUAACCUCUCAGCCGAUUGAGAUUUCUGAUGAUAUGCUCACUUCAAUCCCAUCAUUAAUCACUCACCAUGAGAGCUCUCUCAUGACGGUCAUACCUACGGGAGAAGAGAUCAAGGAAGUAGUUUUCUCUAUGAGCAGACAUCGUGCACCUGGGCCCGAUGGUUUCCCAGCUGAUUUUUACGUUUCAUGUUGGGAUAUCAUUGGCAUUGAUCUCAUCUAGGCUAUCAAGGAAAUCUUUCGUCGUAAAGUCUUUACACGAAGUUGGAAGGCCACCUUCCUUGCACUUAUACCGAAGGUGACUACCCCAACUUCAUUUAGAGACUUUCGACCUAUCAGUUUAUGUAACGUGUGUUAUAAAGUUGUAUCUAAGAUCGUUACACGUAGAUUGAGUAGUUUCCUUGAUAAACUUAUAUCUCUAGAGCAAUGCGGAUUUGUCAAGGGACAGUACAUUCAUGAUAACAUCAUGCUAGUACAUGAACUAGCACAGUCCCUUGGCCAUGACUGUCGAGGCUCUAACAUCAUCAUCAAAUUAGACAUAGAGAAGGCCUUUGAUAGGAUAGAGUGGAGUUUCCUCAUUAAGGUUCUUAGAUGCUUUGGGUUCACCGACGAUUUCAUUGACUUAGUCGAUGCAUGUGUUAGGGAGAAUCAUUUCUCUUUAUUGGUGAAUGGUAACUCUACACCAUUCUUCACGGCCACGAGAGGUCUACGACAGGGCGAUCCACUAUCACCCACCCUCUUCAUCUUGGUCGAAGAAGUCCUCAGUCGAUCCCUCACCUGA